UCACGAAGAAUCCUGUCAGGCUUUUUCCGGGUGAUGUGACGUCACAAGCCCUGUCAUUUGUAACUUCCUGCCCGCUCCCGGAAGUUACGCAGCCAGCGGCAGAGAUAGCGGCAGAAAGGCUUACACACAGGAAACUGCAGGAUGUUGAUCAAAGUGAAGACGCUGACUGGCAAGGAGAUCGAAAUUGACAUUGAGCCAACAGACAAGGUGGAGAGGAUAAAGGAGCGAGUGGAGGAAAAGGAGGGCAUCCCACCACAGCAACAAAGAUUGAUUUACAGUGGAAAACAAAUGAAUGAUGAGAAAACAGCAGCUGACUACAAGAUACAGGGUGGUUCAGUGUUACAUUUGGUCCUUGCACUUCGAGGGGGUUGCUGAAGCUGGAUUGCAGCCUUCUGCUGUGUGGAAUGUUGGUGAUUAAGCUCCAUCCAUUGUGGGGGACUGCGGAGUGGACUGUAGUAUCCCCCUCAUAUCUGCUUGUUUGUAAAAUAAUGACGGUAUUGAUUUUUUUUUUUUUUGCAUGAGUUUAUUUUCUUUCCCUAAAUAAAUGAUCCCCUCUC